UCUAAAGGGUAAAUGUGUAGGGAACCACAGGGAGGGGAUUCGGUCGUUUCUGCGAAGGGAGCCAACCUCUUCCAGUAAGAAAGUGGUUUCUACCUGUCUCUCAUGCUUGUGAGAUCCUUUGUGAAUGAGGGGGAACACGAGAAAGGGCAGUUUGUUGCUACAGUGAUUCAGAGAAAGAGGUAUUGCUGCUGUGCAUGCUGCUGCUGAUCUUGCUGGUGCUGCUGCAGCUUCAUGUGGCAGGCUAUAGUGAUCCCAUCAGUUGAGGAUUCUGGUGAAUGAAGCCAUCUAAGGUCUGAACUUCACUUACACAGUGAAGAGUUCAACGUCAACGACAAAAAGGCAGAGCAGUAUGCAGCUACCCGGAGGGUGUUGAUUGGAACUUAGAUUACCUCCAAAUCACUGAUGAUGUGACUGAUGCUCCAGCUUUACUCGAAAAAAGAUUUCAAUUAAGGUCCCUUUAGAUGGAAUUUAAUGCGGCAAAAACCUUGUCAUCAGAAGGAUUAAUGCCUGCAUUAGCAUUUCCGCAAUAAAAUCAGAAGCUAAGUGGUGGAGGCCACAGACACCUCAAACCUGGAUUCCUCUGCUCUGCAUUAAGUGCUGGAGUUUUUAUUACUUGCUGUAGGGAAGCCAUUGCCAAUGCUUACAAGGAACUGCUUAUCCCUGCUUCUCUGGGUCCUGUUUGAUGGAGGUCUUCUAACACCACUGCAUCCACAACCACAACAGACUUUAGGAGGGCCAAGAGAAAAUGUCCCAGUGCCAGGGAGCAGAUCAUCUGGCCAGCGAGUCAAACGAGGCUGGGUGUGGAAUCAAUUUUUUGUGCUGGAGGAGUACAUGGGCUCUGAACCUCAGUAUGUGGGAAAGCUUCAUUCGGACUUGGACAAGGGAGUGGGCACUGUUAAAUACACCCUUUCAGGAGAUGGUGCUGGCACCGUUUUUACCAUUGAUGAGACCACAGGAGACAUUCAUGCCAUAAGGAGCCUAGAUCGAGAAGAAAAACCUUUCUACACACUCCGAGCUCAGGCUGUGGAUGUUGACACCAAGAAACCACUAGAGCCUGAAUCAGAGUUCAUCAUCAAAGUGCAGGACAUUAAUGACAAUGAGCCAAAGUUCCUGGAUGGACCUUAUGUUGCCAGUGUCCCAGAAAUGUCUCCAGUAGGUGCAUACGUGCUUCAAGUAAAGGCAACAGAUGCUGAUGAUCCCACUUAUGGAAACAGUGCUAGAGUGGUUUACAGCAUUCUUCAGGGGCAGCCAUAUUUCUCCAUUGAUCCAAAGACAGGUGUAAUAAGAACAGCUUUGCCAAAUAUGGACAGAGAAGUGAAAGAACAAUAUCAAGUUCUAAUCCAAGCCAAGGACAUGGGAGGACAACUGGGAGGACUAGCUGGUACUACCACUGUAAACAUUACUCUCACGGAUGUCAAUGACAACCCACCCAGAUUUCCUAAGAGUAUCUUCCAUUUAAAAGUACCUGAGUCCUCUCGUGUUGGUUCUGCUAUUGGAAGGAUCAGAGCUGUGGAUCCUGAUUUUGGGAAGAAUGCAGAAAUUGAGUACAACAUAGUUCCAGGAGAUGGAGGAAACUUGUUUGACAUCACAACAGAUGACAACACCCAGGAAGGAGUCAUAAAACUGAAAAAGCCAUUAGACUUUGAAACAAAAAAGGCAUAUACUUUUAAAGUUGAGGCCUCCAAUCUCCAUCUUGACCAUCGAUUUCACUCAGUGGGUCCAUUCAAAGAUACUGCCACUGUGAAGAUAAAUGUGUUGGACAUGGAUGAACCUCCAGUUUUCAGCAAGCCUAUGUAUACAAUGGAGGUUUAUGAGGAUACACCUGUGGGGACCAUUAUAGGUGCAGUGACAGCACAAGACCUCGAUGCUGGCAGCAGCUCAGUUAGAUACUUCAUUGAUUGGAAGAAUGAUGUGGACAGCUACUUUACAAUAGAUGCUACUGAAGGAACCAUUGCUACUAAUGAAUUAUUGGACAGAGAAAGCACAGCGCAGUACAAUUUCUCUAUACUUGCAAGUAAAGUUAGUAACCCACUAUUAACCAGCAAAGUCAACGUUAUAAUAAAUGUCCUGGAUGUCAACGAGUUUCCUCCUGAAAUUUCAGUUCCCUAUGAGACAUCUGUAUGUGAAAAUGCCAAGCCAGGACAGGUGAUACAGACUGUCACAGCAGCAGACAAAGAUUUGUCACCAGCUGGUCAAAGGUUUUCCUUCAGACUGUCAGCUGAGGCUUCCAACAAACCAAAUUUCACAGUCCAUGAUUACAGAAACAACACAGCUGGGAUUGAAACCAGGAGAAAUGGUUACAGCAGAAGGCAGCAAGAGCUCUACUUUCUUCCAGUAGUAAUAGAAGAUAGCAGUUACCCUGUCCAGAGCAGCACAAACACAGUGACUAUCCGUGUUUGCAGAUGUGAUUCUGAUGGCACCAUCCUAUCCUGCAACGUGGAAGCAAUCUUCCUACCAGUAGGCCUCAGUACAGGAGCACUGAUUGCAAUCUUGUUGUGCAUUGUAAUACUGCUAGUCAUUGUGGUACUGUAUGUAGCACUACGGAGGCAGAAGAAAAAGGACACCCUGAUGACCUCUAAAGAAGACAUCAGAGAUAAUGUCAUCCAUUAUGAUGAUGAAGGAGGUGGAGAAGAGGACACCCAGGCUUUUGACAUAGGUGCCCUGAGGAAUCCCAAAGUGAUUGAAGAUAACAAAAUGCGCAGGGACAUAAAACCAGAAACCUUGCGUUUUCCACGUCAGAGACCACCAGUAGAAGACAACACAGACAUAAGAGAUUUCAUUAAUCAAAGGUUGCAGGAAAAUGAUGUAGAUCCAACUGCCCCCCCUUAUGACUCCUUGGCAACCUACGCUUAUGAAGGAAAUGGAUCUGUGGCAGAGUCUCUGAGCUCUAUAGACUCCAUUACUACAGAGGCAGACCAGGAUUAUGAUUAUCUGAGUGACUGGGGACCUCGCUUUAAGAUCUUGGCAGACAUGUUUGGAGAAGAAAGUUAUAACCCUGACAAAGUCACUUAAGUAAAACUGCAACAGUGAAAUAAAAGGAAAAGUAAAUCGACAACAAAUUUAAAAGAUAAACCUAAGCUUUAUAAUAGGACAGGAUUCCUUUGAUUAUAAAAGACUGCAAUGGUUUCCAGCAAUUUACUACAUUUAUCAUACUGUUAGUUUUGUUUUGAUCUGCGAAGGAAAGAUAAAUCCUGUAAUAUACACAGUUUUUUGUUGUUGUUAUUUUGUUGCUCUGGAAUUACACUGAGACAAACUCAGGCCUACAAGGUACAGUUUACUGACCUGACUUAGAAAGAAGAUAGCUUUCUGGCAUCACGGUGGAAGAGUGGUAGCUUUUUCGUAAUUCCACUAAAGUGCCUAUUGAAACUUUUAAGUGGUAAAGAGUCUGCUGUGAUGGUGUUACAAAACUGGAUAGUAAAUUGGACAAGAACUUCAAGAUAAGAAGCAAUAGCAACAUGCUGACUUCUUUUAGAACAAGAGUGGAGAUUACUUCCAGGAGUAUAUCUAAUGACUAAAACUAAGGGAGGGUGUACAUUGUGUUUGGGGGCUAUGUUUGUUUUUUUAAAAAGAAGAAAACAGUAUGUCAAGACUUCGU